CCCGGCUCUCGCCCGUGGGCCGUGGCAAAGGUCGCUGGCGGUGCGCGGUGGGGCAUCCAUCCCCUCCGUAUGCGCUCUCCACUGCCGUUAAUAUUGCUGGCUUAAAGAUGAGAGAACGUCAAGAAUGUCGCGCAGAAGGCAGCUUCUUCUAGAAUCGCUUUAUCCUCAUCCUGGCUGGGUUGAAUUAGAUCCUGAAGUUCUUUGGAGCCACUUUAUCGGUGCGGUAAAAGAGGCUGUACAAGUUGCAGGACUUCACAUGAGGCAAAUUGCUGGUCUUGGCAUCUCAACCCAGAGGUCAACUUUCAUUACAUGGCACAAGAGGACAGGGAAACCUUUUCAUAAUUUUAUAAGCUGGCAAGACUUGAGAAGUGCCGAACUUGUGAAUUCCUGGAAUAGGUCCCUUCUGUUGAAGGUAGUCCAUGUUAUUUUUACAGUGCUUCAUUUCUUGACUGGAAGUGAUCGAUACUUGGCUCCAAGUGUUUUCACUUUUUCAACACAACAAGCUUCUAUGAAGUUGUCAUGGGUGUUUAAAAACAUACAUGAGGCUGAAGAAGCUGCCAAAAAAAAUAACUGCUGCUUUGGAACGGUUGACACAUGGUUACUGUAUAGGCUGACUAAAGGUUCUGUAUAUGCUACAGAUUACUCAAACGCCAGUUCUACAGGGCUUUUUGAACCCUUUACGAAAUGUUGGAACCCCACUUUGUCUAGGUUACUUUCCAUACCAAUGUCUAUUUAUCCUCCAGUGAAAGACACAAGCUUCAACUUUGGAUCAUCUGACUCUGAAAUUUUUGGGGUACCUGUUCCAAUACUGGCAUUGGUAGCUGACCAGCAGGCAGCCAUGUUUGGAGAAUGCUGCUUUCACCCUGGAGAUGUUAAACUGACUAUGGGAACAGGUGCUUUCUGGAACGUCAAUACUGGGGGGAAUCUCUUUGCAUCAUGGAGAGCCUUAUAUCCGCUGAUUGGUUGGAAGAUUGGGGAAGAAGUUGUUUAUUUAACUGAAGGCUCUAUAUCGAACAUUGGUACUGCCGUAAGAUGGGCACAGGAAAUAAAUCUUUUCACCAAUGUAGAUGAAACAGCAAAAAUGGCACGGAGUAUUGUUGAUUCUCAAGGCGUUUGUUUUGUUCCAAGUUUUCAGGUUCCUGUGAAUGAUCCGUGUCUAUGUGCCUCUUUCAUGGGGCUGAAACCUUCCACUACCAGAAACCAUCUUGUGCGAGCUAUAUUGGAGUCUGUAGCUUUCAGAAACAAACAGCUUUAUGAUAUCAUUAUGAAGAAGGUGCACAUUCCUCUUCGAACUAUUCGAGCUGAUGGUGGUGUCAGUAAUAAUAGCUUUGUCAUGCAGAUGACUUCUGAUUUGAUAAAUAAGAAAAUAGAAAAGCCUAUAAUUGCAGAUAUGUCUAGCCUUGGAGCAGCUUUUCUAGCAGGUCUUGCAUCAGGAUUAUGGACUGACAAAGAACAACUAAAGAAGCUGAGACGAGUAGAAGCAGUGUUUGAGCCCCAAAAGGACUCAGAAGAAUACAAAAUGGCUAUGGAUACUUGGACACAAGCAAUGCAGUACUCUCUGCGCUGGUAGAAAUAGACAUUUCAAUGAUGGAAAAAUCCAGGUGUUCAAACUAAUAUUUAUUAAACUUUGAAAUUAGCAGGACAAUAAAAAACGAAAUUUGUGAUGGCAUGUAUGCAUAAAGUUGUACGGUAUUUCAGUAACCCCCUUACUGCUAGAUUACUUACCACUCCAUAAUGCACCCCCGUAUCGUCCUUAUGACAGCUGUAGUCCAGCUGCAGCAUUUGUGUCCCUUCAGUGACCUCCUCUGGGUGGCCCAGCUGCUUGAAUCCUAUAACCAUGUACUGGAGAUGGGGAGGGUUUUCCUAUGAUGGGUUUUCUACUGAGGAACUCACCUCUCUUCCCAUUUUUUUUUUUUUUUUUUUUAGAAGUUUUGAUCAUCAGGGAAUGUCAACGAGUACAUAUACUUUUCUAAGUGUUUCUAAGAAAAGUAAAAUGACUGCUUGUGGGCUUUUUUUUUUUUUUGUGGUAGACUGGAUUGUGUAUAAAGAUACCUUCUCCAUAGACUGCUGUAAUGUUUUGGUUGACUUUAUAAGGAAGCAUUUGACCAAGCUGUGGGAUGACGUUCUUGUGGUGCCUAGGAAUAAGCACAAAGUUAAGAUGAAAUAAAACAAAAAACAAAAACAAAAAACUUUGUUCCAGGAUUUUGUAGCUGACAGUACCUAUCUAGUAGGUAGCUCAGUUUUUUAAUUUUAUAAAAAGAAAAAGUUACAUUUUUUUGUACUGUUAAUGCGAAUAUGUUAAAAGUAAUUACAGGUAGUCUAAUUUAUUCUAAAAAUCUGUAGUGUUAAUAUUUUCAAGCCCAUCAUCAAGUUCUACUAUUAUUAGCUAAUAAAGGGUCAAUUUUAUUUUUGAAGUUAUUAAUUUCUUUUAUUUUUUUUAAUAUAAUUAGUGUAGUUAAUUAUUUAUGCAUUUGUUUAUCACUAAUCUCCAAUCACUAUAAUUUGCUCAGGAGUAUGUGCAAAUCGGUUUCAAAACUGUAAAAUUAUUACACACUUUCAUUUCAAAAUGAUAGCAAUUCAAUCCAUGGGUGAUUGUGUUCCACAGACACUGGAGACAAGAAGUGCUUAUAUACUUAAUAUUAUCCAAGAGAGGUGGAACUAUCACCCACUUAUCCUUGAUGUGCUGAAACGUGGACGUUCAAAUCAUGUCCCGUUCGCCUGGUUUCUUUCAAAGUCACCUGCCAUGAGUUGGAGUACCUACUCUAACUGCAUUCUUCUUCAAACUAGACUGUGUUUAUCUGUCAUCCUUAGCUUAACUCACCUUUUAUUUUCUUCCUUAUUUUUCUGUUACUUCAUCUCCUUUUGUUUUUCUUUUUCUCCAAAAAUAAGGAAAGGUUUGCUAAUUCUAGAGUUCUUUCAGUCUGUGCUAUGUUCUGGCACUUUUUUAUUUUUUGUUUUUGUUUUUUUUCCUCCUGGUAUCUUUCAAAUUGAUUGGGACCAUGGGUCAGUGUGGCAACCCAUAAUGCAGUGUGCACUCUCAAGAGCAUAUACAUAAGCUGCCUUUACCUCCUUGAAGAGUCUUGCACUUUUGCCAAGCGUGGAGUCUGCGUAUACACAGGGCCUGGUUAUGGAAGGAAAGUAAGUUCUGCUCACAAGUAAUUUUUUCCUCAAGAUAAUAGCUAAAGCAUCAUUAAACUGAGCGUUGCUGUGAGCUCCAUGUUGCUGGCCCAGCCUUAUAACUCUUCUGAGACUUGGUAGGGAGCCCUCCCCACUAAGCAAAUCUUCAGUGAGUCAACCUGACUGUUCCUGUGGUUAUGAGCUGAGAUAUCCAGAGCAGCUGUAGUAAUGUGCUACUUAAUGUACAGCAGAUCUGGAUCAAGUUCUGGCUAAAGCUCAUCUUUCUUGAGAUCUUCUCUCCUGAACAUACUUAAAUGAGAAUCCUGACCUGAAGUCCGGAAAGGGGUCUCUUUGAUCUGUAGUCAUGCAGCAGACUGGUACCUAUAGAAAUUUCAAACUUUGCUUUUUGGACCAUGAAAAUGUGGUCAUCCAGACUCCAAGGCUUAUUAGCCUGUUGAUAAGGGCCCCUCUGCUCCUCGUUCUGGUGUAAGGAAAGAACACGUGGAACACUCGUCUGCUUCUACCCCAUGUCCAGCUUGUGAUUUGCUUUGUCAUCUCAGCCUCACUGCCAAGGAAAAUACUCAUUAUUGGCAAGUAGGUUUUAUUAAGCCAAACUGACCAGGGUUUGAGUCUGGCAUUUUGAGCAGAAGCUUGCGGCCUCAAUUUGCUGGUAUUCUAUGCUGUUAUGACUGAAGGAGCUUAGUUUCAUCAAGUCUACCUAUCAUCCGCUUAACGAAGGAUCCUUGACUUUUUAUCUUCGUUUCAUAAUUGUGUUUUUGCUGGGCUUGAUUAGGGUUCCCCUGCCCUGCUCACAGCCGAAGAUCUAAUGGCUGAUUAGAUCUAAGAUCUGAACAAUUCUGAGUUACUGCCAGAGGAGCCAAGUGAACAACUCGCCACGAGCCUUGCUACUGGACCUUUUCACUGUGGUGGUGUUCGCCUUUGCCGUAGCACAGCUAGCAAGAGGGAAGACACUCAAGCCCUUAAACAGUUUUCUUUGUCUAGGUAGUGUUCUGGAGGACCUGUUCAGAAUAAUUCUUUACAGCUGUGACUGUUUAAAUCUGAACCAAGACAUUUAACCUGUUUUUCCUUUCACUAGCCUCAGAUCUCUAAGGCAGAAACUUCACUGCAAAGUAAAGAUGCAGAAGGACCCUGUUAUGUUCACCCGCCAAACCUUUCAAAUGAUCUCUAAAGUUAUUGUUUCCACUGUGGAGAGGUUGAAAGCACUGAGUACACCUCUGAAACAGAUAACGGGGUGCUGUUAAGUCUGCCAAGAUGGAGCUGCCUUUAGAGAUAAGAGCAUCUACCGUAGCUUGCGAUGUGUAGCUACCCAAAGACUGAACAGACUAAUAGACAGUACGUCUUGAAGAACUUUAAUUACUGAAGAGUAAACGUCUUUUCUGUAUCUGUUACAAGAAAAAAUUGAUUUUACCCUUUCAGGAAGUUUUUAGUAUACUGAUACUUUAAUACCCUUUAAUUGCUAAUGAAUGUGAAAUAGGCUUUAAGCAAUUAGAUGUACUUUUACUGACCCUUUGCUGUCUCAAUUUUUGUUAGUAUUACUACAUUAAAAGGCAUUGAGACCAUUGUGUAGGCUCAUUAAUAUCAACUUUUAUUUAAAAUAUGAGAGCUGUUACUUGUCCCUUUUAACUUAAUUUUAGAUUCUGCCUUGGAGGGUGGUUUUCAUCAGUUUGGAAAGUGUAUGCAGUUCUACAUUUGCUAGCAGCCGAGUUUGAUAGUGAAGAUAAUAAUGCAAAAAUGGUAAACAUUACUAAUUUGUACUGUAAUAUUUUAAGAGGUGCAUCAUAUUUUGUCUGUCAAUGUUCUGCUUGGGACUGGGUGGUAACGCACUUAAAUUAGGCAUGCGAAGAUUGGGAAUUCAAUGGAGAGAUGUGCUAAUGAUCUCUGGGCAUUCUGCCUUCACAGGUUCACAUGGUGUUGAUGGAUAUAGAUAAAAUUGCCAAAUUGGGGUGAAAUUAUCAUGUGAGAUUACGUGACAUGAAAAAUCUCUCAAAUAUCUGCAACUAUUGGUUAAUUAUUGCAUGUCAAUAGGGCAGAUGAAAUAAUCUUCUGAUGGUAUAAAAUCAUUUUGCGUUGAGUAGGUGUGGUGUAAGUUUUCUCAUAUAAUUAAGAAAAGAAUCAAAUCAGCUAGU